UAUGUCAGUUGAACAGCGACGCCGCUGACGACGCAGGUGAAAGCGACGCUCUCCCUCGAUCGAGCUUCAAGAAUAUCAGCGUAAAAAACCGUAAUCGAAGUACGGUAAAAAGAGAAGAAAAAACAAAACUUCCGAGGAAGAUUAAGAAGUUCGAUUUGACAAACCAACGACAACAAGAGUAGGAAUAAUUUUUUAUUUCUAUUCCUCGUCUUUUUUUCGUUAAAUUUGUUGGUUUUUUCCCUACAAAUUUUAGCUAACCGAAAGCUGCUGCUGACAAAAUUUUACCACGAAAUAGUGAAUCAUUGAUUUUCACCUGAUUCGAUAGCGAAACAGAAAGAGAGAGAGAGAGAGAGAGAGAGAGAGACGAUCCUUGUUAGGAGAAAGUAAGCGGAGAGAGACUUGGUGAAAAAGUAUUUUACAACUUUUAUUACUGUACGUAUAAAUAGCGUUAUAAAGUUUCUGCAGGCUGUAUAUUGCAAAUCCACGACUGCAUUUCUUCGCUUCUGCAGUGAUAAAUAAACCAUUACUGUGGCACAAAUUCAUGUGCUAAGUGUAAAACGAACGAUCGAGUUACCGAGGGUGGAAUAAACGUUGAGACGACUGAAAUCGUGGAAACAAGUGAGCUAAUAGUAUUAAUGACAAGUUUCAGAAGAGUGUUCAGGUGCUUUUUGAGCUUUGCAGUGAUCGGAGAAAAUUCAAGAGUAUAAAUAAUCUUUCGUUUUAAAUUCUUGCGGCGAUUCGCCAGCAGCGGUAGCAGAUUCUGCGAGACGGAUAUCGCAACUUCGUUCGUCGCUAUUUUGAUAGAAAAUAAACAACAAAUAAACAAGAAUACACGACAUAAUCGGCGACUUUAUCCAUCGCAGAAUAGUUGUUCGUUUCAUAUAUCGUUGUGUGUGAUAAUCAAGAAGUAAAAUAAAGUUGGUAUAAACAGCGUGGUAAAAAGUACAAGUAAAACAAAAGGCAGGGGGAGAGGAAGAGAUAUAUCGACACGAAAAAUUGUGCGUGAAAUAAAACUUUAGACUGCACGCGCGACUUCAAGGCGGUACCAUGUCUUCUUCGGUGAAAUUCUACGCAAGGAUCACGAUUUUAUUACUGUGCGGACUCUGCAUCGGAACGACGCAAGGGCUGAACUGCUUUAUAUGCGGAAUGUACAACGACGGCGUCGGCAGCAUCACUCCCUGUCUAAAUUACACAGCUCAGAUGCAUCUGAACGAGUGUCCGACGGUUUCGUCAUGGUGUAUCAAAUAUGUCAGCGAGGGUUCCAUUGUUCGAGACUGUGUACCGGAAUGCCAACAGAAAGAGUCCUGGAGCACUAAAACAUACUGCUGUCGGGAAGAUGGAUGCAACUCGGCCCCCGGAUCGUCGUCGUCCACUUCCAGCGCCAUCAUGUGCGCCUUGGCAGUGUUCCUUAGCCUCUUCCUUCAGCAGUGGAGCAAUCUUCGUGGCUAAUAACGCUGCUCCGAGGGAUCCGUACAUAAACAACAACCGCGGGCGGUAACAGACCGUGAUUAAUUCCCCAUCUCACCCAGCGUCUCUGCUUCUUCUUCUUCUUCUUCUUCUUAUUCUUCUUAUUCUCCUUCCUAUUCUUAUUCUUCUUAUUCUCAUCCACUCAGACUUCACGUUCCUUUAUCUCAUUUCAUCGUUCUCUUCUCGCCCACCUUCCACCACUUUAGCUGUCCUGUGUAUUGUGAUCGGAAAACAAACGAACAACGGAGAAUCGGAUACAAAUAUCAAUAACAAUAAUUAUAUAAAUAAUAAUUAUAAUACGUUACCCCUUGUUUCUUUGUUUUAUAGCGUUUAACACCGCGAGCCUUUUUAUUUUGCGAAUAUUAAAACUUGUCAACGAAAUUCACGAAAUUUUAUCCGAACCUUGCGGUUUUUCUUUCAUUUUCCUCUCUCUUCAUUCGUUUUCCUCAAAUAAAUAUUCGCUCUUUCUAGUCAUUAUCAUUAUUACUAUUAUUGCUAUUGGUAUUAUUAGAGUACAUAAUAGGUAUAUUUUUUCGUUGCAUUAUAAAUUUGUAAAUAUACGCAACUUUGACUAUUACUAAUAAUGAUAUUAUUAUUAAUAAUAACAUAGCUUGUAAACAUUGAGAAGAUACGUAGUUGUAUAAUCAGUUCUCAUGAAGGAUCACAUUCUAAAAUACUAUAUAUAAUAUGAUAACGCGAUAAAGAUAAUUGUAACGAUAACGAUUACAAUACAAUAACAUGCAUACAUAUAUAUAUAGAAAGUAUAGAAGUAUAGAAAGAAGAAGAAUGAAAGAAAGAAAAAAGUAUCGAAUUGAGAGGAAAAAAAAAACACAUUCAUAGGUAUGAAUGAAACGAGAGAAAGUCGGUAAAACGAAAUGAUAAAAAAAAAAAAAAAAACAAAAAAAAAACCACAAACAC